GGCACACCGAAGACCCACGCGCAACGGCAGAUCAUCAAUGAAUGAUAUUCGGUGUAGAUUGGUGUCACCCACACGCAGGAGGUAUCUUUAUGACGAAACAGCAUCUCCAGUUUUAUCUUUCGACUAAUUCGAAGCGCGCGUAAAAACUGAGCUAAAAUAAUGUUGACAAGCGCCUUGGCAAAGAUAACGUUCCUCCUGUCGUGGGGUUACUUAGUGCUGGCCACGCAGGUCGCGUUCUCCAACUUCUCCGUGGACAAUGAAGUGCGCUCCAGCUUUAUCCAGCGGCGACUGAGGGGCCAGGAGCGCAGAGAGAUGCAGCGGGAGAUCCUCUCCAUCCUGGGGCUGCCGCAGCGUCCGCGUCCGCACGUGCACACCAAACGCAAUGCCGCCCCAAUGUUCAUGCUGGACCUCUAUAACACUAUUAGUAUAGACCCAGAACAGCACAGGUAUUCAAACUACGAGACCGUUUUACCAACGCAGACCUCCCCACUGGUGACCCCACAGGACAGCCGAUUCCUAGAAGAAGCAGACACGGUGAUGAGCUUUGUCAACCUCAUUGAUCAGGAUCGAGAUCUUCUCCUCCAGCGCCAUGCUACAGAGUUUCGCUUUGACCUUUCACGUAUUCCAGAGGGAGAGGCCAUCACAGCAGCAGAGUUCAGGAUUUACAAGGAUCUCAUCCAGGAGCACAGUGAGAACCAAACAUUCAGAGUGAGUCUCUACCAGGUGCUGCUGGAUCCUCCAAACGGUGACUUGGAGCUGUUCCUGCUGGACCGGCGAGAAGUUCUGGCUUCAGAAGAGGGAUGGUUGGUCUUUGACCUGACCACCACAAGUAACCUGUGGCUGGUCAACCCUGAGCAUAAUCUUGGCCUGCACUUGGUUCUUGAGGACAGUCAUGGUCAGAAGAGAAACCCCCAGUUAGCUGGAGUGGCAGUAGGCGGUGGGCCUCAGGACAAGCAGCCAUUCCUGGUUGUCUUCUUCAAAACCAAUGAGGUGCGACUCCGCAGCGUUCGUUCAGCCAAUGGCCAAAAGGGGCGCCAAUCAAGCCGCUAUAAACCCCAGAGGACUGUUCAAGAUGCACUGAGGGCAGCGGAAGCUGCAACAGCCAAUAUCGGCAUCUCUAAAGAAGGAUGUAAAAAGCACGAGCUGUAUGUCAGCUUCAAGGAUUUGGGAUGGCAGGACUGGAUCAUAGCACCAGAGGGCUACGCAGCAUAUUACUGUGAGGGAGAAUGUGCUUUUCCUCUGAACUCCUACAUGAAUGCCACCAAUCACGCUAUUGUGCAAACUCUGGUGCACUUUAUCAACCCAGAGAUGGUGCCCAAAGCCUGCUGUGCCCCAACACAGCUCCACGGCAUCUCUGUGCUCUAUUUUGAUGAAGGCUCCAAUGUCAUCCUCAAGAAGUACCGCAACAUGGUGGUCAGAGCCUGUGGCUGUCACUGACUACUCAUAUUCCCAUCUGUGACGCGUACAAAUCCAGAGAGAUGCUGAAGAAAGGCGGAAUCGGAGCGACGAUUAACUGACUGGUCACCGGAGAGCUCUUGCCACAGAGCUUUAUUCUGGGGGUCUGUUUUUUUUUUAAAAUUUUUUAUAUGACCAGCAGCUGAGCCAGCUUUAACCACUACCACAGCCCAAAUAGAGCCACUGGUCACAAAAAGGGAUUUUAUGGAUUUUUUUUUUCUUUGUAACGGAUUUUAUUUUUUUUAUAUGUGUGAAACUAGAGAGACUGUACCGAAAGGACUUCGAGCAGUGUGCAGAAGUUUCAUAAGC